AUGCAAUGGCCGGCAUACCCAAGAAAGAAGGGGUUUGAUAAUAUAGAAUUGCUAAUGAAUCGAGCACCUGGAUCAGCUUGGCUUGCUACCGUCCACCACUUGCUGGCGAUAGGAUCAGCAAUAAUCAUUGUCGCUCUAAAUGCGACUGGGUUGUGGGUAGGCAAAGAGCUUACCGGGACAAGCGGCCAGGAUACGGAGAAGCUACUUGCAUUACAAUUUGCCGCCAAAUUACACGAACUAUUGAUGCUUUCAUCCCUGGGAGAAAUAUUAUUCUCGGAGACCGUCAAGCAAUUGGUCUUCGGUGACGGAUUACCUUUUGGUUCGAUCGCCGUCGGACUUCAGUUUAACCAGAUCUCCUAUCUCUGGUCGAAAGAAUUCUGGGCUACGUCUCAUGCUACGUUUAAAAGGAAAAAUCUUUUUAUUCCAGCAAUUAUCAUAUGUACUCUUCUCGGAGUGAGCAUCGGGCCAUCUUCGGCGACCGCAAUGAAACCCACGUUAAGUGACUGGCCAGCAGGCGAAACUUCUUUUUGGCUAAAUGCGACUGCCGAGGAGUUGUGGCCCUUGACUCUGUCAUUGACAGAUAACAAAACCUGCACCCAUUCACCGAAGACAUGCGGCAGUUUGAGUGCUUGGACCUCUUUUGCGGAUAAUUUUUUCCAAUACUGGGGACAUGAGGCACUUGGAAAUAUCCGCGCAAUGCCAGAGAGCGUCCAGAUCGCUGGUGAAGUCUCUAUCAGAACACUGAAUGCGCGGUUUCGAGGUCCUUUUACGCUCUACCAACCAGAGAUUACGACCGCUACUGUACAACCUGAAGCGAUAGCCAACGUGGUGAACACGAUCCGACAGAUCUGGCUAAGGGCGAAUGGCGCUCGAUGUUAUUCUGCAGGAGGCGGCAUCAGAGAACAAAACUUUUGCACAUACCAGGAUAUCACUUGGUCGGUUGAUGCGCUCCAACCUGCAGUUUAUGUUGCUUGUAACGGUGGAAGUUCUGCAGUUGCACCCAAAUUCCCAACGCUUGCGAUCGAGACAGACCAACCUAGUCUGGUUGAGUAUGCGGUCAACGUAACCAAUGACGGCCUCGGGUCAGCUACAUCACCUAUCACAUGGGUUGAUCUAUCUGAUCUGAACCUGACACGCGCGUCUGUUGGUGCCAUAGUAUUGCCCAUUGGUGAGCAGCCUCUUGACAAAACGUCAUCAAGUCGACUUUUCUUGGGCUUCCGUACAUAG